ACUAUUAGUUUAGUUUCAAUUUCCUCUCUAUAAAUACCCUUAGAUCUCUCUAGCUUUUAUACCCAACAAUCGAGCAACAAAUACUUUACAUUUGUAGUAUAUCCUUCAAUCCACUACUCUCUUCAUACUACUCUUUUUCUUUAAGCAUGGAAGGGAUAGGCAAGAUUGCAUGUUUUGUGCUUUUGUGCAUGGUGGUAGUUGCACCCCAUGCAGAGGCACUGAACUGCGGUCAAGUUACAUCUGCCAUGGCCCCUUGCGUUCCUUAUUUGAUGGGCCGUGGUCCUCUUGGAGGCUGCUGUGGUGGAGUUAAAGGUCUAAUGGGUGCAGCCAAGACCCCAGCGGACCGAAAAACAGCAUGCACUUGCCUGAAAUCAGCAGCUAAUUCUAUGAAGGGCAUUGAUGCAGGCAAAGCUGCUGGUCUCCCUGCUGCUUGUGGCGUCAACAUUCCUUAUAAGAUCAGCCCUUCCACUGACUGCUCCAAGGUCCAGUAAAGCUGUUCACCAUAAUUUGGUAUCAUGAGAAAAUCAAGAAUAAGAUGGAUAUCUAGUUUGAUCUUGCUUAUGGAUCCAUCUUGCUUAUGGAUUCAUCACUAUAUAUGUUGUCUCUUUAUUUUCAUUUAUAUAUGUUGUCUCUUUAUUUUCAUUUGCAUAUGUUGGAGUAAUAGUCGAGUUUUGUAAUGAACCUUGCUGGUUGGUUGUAUUACAACCCAAUCUUCAUCGUAAUACAUAUUCUACUAUCCCCUUCCUCUUUUCCUUCUUUUUA